AUUCGGAGAAAUCUCACACCCUGCACCGAACAGAUGGUGGAGUUGGAGUUCUUGUUCUUAUCCUCCCUCUUACCUCUUAUCCUUCGUAAGUUCUCAUCCACCGAUCCUCUUCAUUAAAGAAGAACGAUAGCCCACCACAACAAGAAUAAAAACAACACCAACAGUUUGUGCUUUUCCGUCAAAGUUACCACACAUAGCAUAGGUACUCUCAAAUACCUGCCCACGUACACUCACGUACACUCACGUACACUCACGUACACUCAAUACAUACAUCAACAUACACCCGCUCAACCAACCAACUCAAGUACUCAUAGCUCCAACACCUGCAAUCCAUCUGCGAAGCUUCAACGAGCAAAUUCAAUCAACCACUCGAUUCAUUUCGUCUUUAGGAUAUGAUAUGGAGUUUAACAUACCAUCCCAGCGUUAGUCGUACCCUGUUGUACACCACCAUAUCGAACCCCACCACCUCAAAUUCAGGGUCCAAUUAUUCCAACGAUUCCUCCGCAACAACAAUAUCUACAUACGGGAUUUGCUAGAGAGUUGCGAAGACAUCCUUCAUCAUGAAUGGCAAGGUGAAAAGAUUUUCUACCAAGAAGGAGAAAGAGAAGGGGAAUUCGCACAAACGAGACAAAUCACGGGAAUUAAAAUCUUUCGAAAAGUCCGCAGAGAAGAAGGUAAUGCGCCCGCAAAGUCCACGUCUCACACCAUCGUCUUUUUGCCAUUUGGGACAUAUUCAGGACAUUUCCGUCUCUUAUUCGUUCCAAAUUUCAAGGCGCAACUCUGUCAUAGCUCCGUCGCAACAAUACCAAAUUCUGCUACCAUAAGUACUAACUCCGCGUCCUUUGUUAGAUCCGCUCCGUGUCCGAGAUCUUCACCUCGCUAUUUGGAUAUAUCAACAAAACAAAGUCGGAAAAUGAAGAAGAUGAAGAGAAGGAAAAGGUUCAGUUACUGCAUAAUUACUUGGGAAGCUCCGCUGAUAGGAAUAUAGAUUGCACGGAUCAAAUCCCUGUUGGAAUCAGAAGGACGAAACGAUGUGAAGGAUGAUCAAAUUUUGUUCUGUUUGAAUUCGAAUUAUGCCAAAGGAGAUCCAGAUAAAGCACAUCAAAUCUUGGUAGUAAUCCAAAAAUCGCUUUCCGGAGUCAUUUAUCCAUAUGAUCCAAGCAUAACCAUGCUAGGAGCCGAAAAUUCUCGCGGAAAAAGCUGUUGGCUAGAUUCAUUCCUAGCUUCCUUAUUCACAGUUCCUACCCAAUUUCAAGAGUUACUCAGCAACUUUUACGAAGAUCCUUCCAAACAAAAAUUAAUUCAAUUGAUUCGUCUAUGGGUAAAUCUCAUGAGGAAAGGCAUUUUGAUUGAAGUUGCCAUUGUUAGUCAUUCCUUUCUAUGCUUGACUGACUUACUAAUUUCGAACAGACCGAACGCAUAUUGGAUUGUUUGCAUGAAUGUGGUUGGAAUGACUUCAAGAAGGAUGAAGAGCAAGAUCCGACAGAAGCCCACAUGAAGAUUGGUGAUAUCCUCAAUUGGCCCAUGCUUAACUUGAGAGUUGAUUAUGAACAUGGUGGUAUAGUCGAACAGGAUGAUCAUAGAACUUCACAAGAGCGAACGAUUCCAGUUUCAAUUCCAACUGAUCAAGACUGUCAAGGUCCUCUGAAGCUCGAAAAAUGUAUAGAAUACUCCUUGGCUUCUUUUGUCAAGAUCAAUAGACGUAUCGAACCACGGCUACCAGAAACGGCUGAAAAUCAUCACGAGAAACCCAUCCCAGAGCAUGUGGAGGACAUAGAAGCCGAAUCUGCUACUCCGCCUACGACUCCUUUAGAGAUGAUAGGCCAGUCAUCUUUCCAUAACCAGCUCGUCAGAGAGGUUACACAAGACCGAAGCUCAUUAUACCGCAGUAUGAGUCGCAAUUCUACUCGCAAAGGAGCUGAUGGAGAGGUCGAAGUGGACGCAUUUAUAUUAUCUAGACUGAUUCGUCCGUCCAAUCGUUGGUCCCCCAUUUUUUGCCAUUUAAACUCAAAUAAUAUUCCACCUAAGACUGUUCCUGUACUAAUUGGUAACAUAGUUUGGUCUUCCAAACCAGCUCCUGCAAACAAUCAAGAAUUCGCUCAUCGGAUCCAAGAACAUAAACCAAUGCUCGGGUUUGAUCUGAAGAGAUAUUGUAUGGUCAUGGGAAUGGACGGCAAAGAGAUGCUACAAAAGAAUAAAACUCAUAUUGACAUCCCAAAGAAAAUGAAACUACCUCAUAUUGUUGAGGGAAAGGAAGAUGAAGGAAACGAAAACGAUAUAAUAAUUUCCAAUCGUUACGAGCUGGUCCUUCGAUCCAUGAUCUGCCACAGGGGAGAAUCUAUCAAACGUGGACACUACAUCUCGCUUGUUCGCUUGGAUGGCGAGACGGAUGGUGAAUUGGAUUUUGCAGGAUCCAACGAUAGUCAGCAACCACCAGAUUAUGUCGAGGAGCGCUGGGUAAUCCACGAUGAUAUCGCAAGGGAUGGGAAUAGAGUAGCCCGCGUCGAUAUCGAUGAAGCGCUUGCAACAGACAAAUACGGCACGCCUGUUACCUUGUGGUAUGAAUUUGUUCCUAUUUAUGCGAACUUUUCGCCCGAGGAGCUGCAGAAUCUCCUCGGAAAUUCGACACCUCCGUCGUACACGAAUUCAUCCGUUCCGAGUAUAGAUGUCCAGAUUUCCCAAGCAAGCCCUGAUGUGAAUAAUGGCAACUGCAACGAUGAAGGAUAUUUUAGCCCUCGGCCGAAUGAUGGACAGACCCCAAGCGUCAGAUUUUCAUCCGAAAUCGAUCGGCCACGUUCAAGUCUCAAUCUUCUUGAUGAUGAUAGACGCGGAAGCGUUGCCGCCACAGAUGCAAGUAAUGUUAGCGUUGACAAGUUAGAUUACGAUUCAGCUUCUGUUACGCCCGGUGAAGAACCAGCGACCCCCAGAACGUCACGAACAUUUCGAAGGAGCAAGACAUCACGAAGUCGGCCACAAAGUUCCUCGAAUGAAAACCGCAAGUCAUUGGGAUACUUCAAAGGUUUGAUAUCAAGGACAAGUAAAGAGUCUUUACAAAAGCCAGAUCUGAACAAGGAAUCAACACCUGCUAUACCCGUGACACCCGGAUUAGAUAGCUCCGUCGACCUCAACUCCAAUGCGGAAGCCACAAAAGCAACCGAGACAAAUGUUACGAUGUCUCGCAAAGGGAGUAAGAAGGGCAAAAGGCGAAGCAGAGCUUUGGAAUUUGAGGCCAAAGACAAGGAAAAAGAGUCAAAUCACACAGACAGGGUUUGUAUUAUUAUGUAAAAACAAGGUUUGGAUAAGAGCAUGGAGCGGUAAGGGUAUGCUUCAAAUUGUUUAUAAAUUAUGGAGGAAACUUGCAUUAUGGUUGAUUCACAUGCCAAUUAUUGGCUACGGCGUCGGAGGACUACAUAAAGAUAUCUUCAUGUUUAUGAUAUAGAUAUGGAAAUUACACGUCAUAAAUGAAUCGCAGCGUUGGUUUAUUGUUGGAUUAUGAUGCUACUAUAGAGGUAGUACAAUGGGAUUGAACAGGAUAAGGAAUGCAAGGUUGGAUCGGAUUGGGAUAUUUCAUACUUGGAAGGUGGUAUUGAGAUAUAUAUUGUUUUUUUUUGUUUGGUGUUUGUUUCCUGUCUUGAGGGUAUAUAUAUCAUGUAUAGUAUGGCUUGGGGGCAUUGGCGUAAUUGUCACUCGCUGGUUGGACAAAUGGGUUAGGUUAAUUACAUGUUUAUAGAAUCCUCCUUCGUUGUGGGGAUGAGAUUAGAGGAUGGUGAUACAGUUUUACUAGGAAUUGGAAAUGGAUUUGGAAUAGAAAGAGAAAUGGAAUAGGAAUUGAGAGUUUGGAAAUCGGGUAUAAGAGAGAGGAUACAGAAUUAUAUAGAUGGAUUUAUAGGUUUUUGAUCGUUUAUUGUUUUUAUUUUGUCGUUUCAUUCUAUGAUACCUUGACUG